AGUUGGAUUUGAGUUUCACCAGCUUGGUCUACGUUAGUGACUCUUGCAAUGUUUAUUUCUCUCAAUGGCUACUCAAGGUACUGGUGAUCUUCUGUUAUCUGGGUGCCUGUUCUUUCUUACAGGAUGUUUACGACAAAGUGGAAUAUCUGAGCUCACUGGGGAAGUCACAGACAGCGAUUGUGCAGCGAGACGCAGAGAUAGGAGUGGCAGAAGCUGAGAGAGAUGCUGGAAUACGGGAAGCUGAAUGCAAGAAGGAAGCAAUGGAUGUUAAAUACAGUGCUGACACCAUGAUGGCUGACUCCAAGCGAGCGUUUGAAAUGCAGAAGGCAGCCUUUAAUCAGGAAAUAAAUAUAAAAAAAGCUGAGGCCCAACUGGCUUAUGAGCUACAGGGAGCCAAGGAGCAGCAAAAGAUCCGACAGGAGGAAAUAGAGAUUGAGGUGGUGCAGCGCAAAAAACAGAUUGACAUCGAGGAGAAAGAAAUCACCCGUAUGGACAAGGAGCUGAUUGGGACGGUGAAGAGACCAGCAGAGGCAGAAGCCUUCAGAAUGCAACAGGUCGCAGAAGGCCACAAAGUGAAACAAGUGUUGAUUGCUCAGGCUCAAGCUGAGAAAAUUCGCAAGAUUGGAGAGGCAGAAGCUUCAUCCAUUUCAGCUAUUGGCAAAGCUGAUGCAGAGAGAAUGAGACUGAAAGCAGCAGCUUACCAGCAGUAUGGAAAUGCAGCCAAGAUGGCCCUGGUGUUGGAUGCUCUUCCAAAGAUUGCUGCCGAAGUCACUGCUCCUCUUGCGAAGACGGAUGAAAUUGUGAUUCUCGGAGGAGACAAUAACCGUGUUACCUCAGAGGUCACGCGCUUAUUGGCAGAGGUCCCUGCGUCUGUCCAUGCUCUUACAGGAGUCGAUCUAACAAAGGUACCUUUAAUCCAAAAAUUAACCAACGCCCAGGCCUGAUCAUGAAAAAAAGCCACAACAAAUUCAGGAUAUUUCUCCAUAGAAAAUACUAUUCCACAGACCUCCACCUCAGAACACUUGUAUAAGGAACUCCUUUUCUACUGAAAACUUGUGCGAUUUUUCUCUUUUAAUUUUCUUUCUGUUUUGGUUUCUCUUUAAAACCUCUGGUGCCUUAAUUUAUUCCAGAUCAGAAUUCAGUGCAUAAAUAGCAUUUUUCUUUAUCCUUUUAUAGUCUACUCUUUCAGUAAUUGUUUUCCAUUUUGUUGCUGAUCAUUUACAGACAAAACCAAUUCUGAUGUCCAUCUUGCAGGUUGUCUGGAGGGGCUUGUUCAGCAAUGGGGAAAAGUUAGCAUUUUAAAAGUUUCCUUCCUCUCCACAUACCUGUGUCUUGUCCCCUAGCUGUCAUCAGUGCCAUUACCAAUUCCAGCCCAACAUCCUGCUAGUGUCAGGAUGUAUUUUUUUUAAGGUCAUAAAGAAGUCAGCAAUGUUGUUGGUGAGGGAUAUGAUUUUAAAGAAUCUUGGAAUGCAGAAGGAAGCCAUUUGUCCCAUUGGGCCUCGACCAGGCCUUUUAAAAGAUUCAGGACUGGAACAAGUUGACCUAUCUCAGUGUCUCACUUUGUCCCCAAACACUUACAUUUUGAGUAAAACCCAAAUUUUGAUACCUUUCCGGCUGUGAAGUUGUUUAUUUGUUUUUGUUUUUAAAUAUUAGUGAGUGUCCUGGACAUUACUAGACCUCCGUGUGAACCUGCAACAUGGACGCAGACAGCAGAGAAUGACAAAUUCUAAAGCCAUAAGUAAAACCAGCAGGAGGCCUUGUAUCUGCUGAAGGGAUCUUGCUGGUUUGACACAAUUAUGUAACAAUAAUGCCAUUGGGGUGUUGCUAAUCUGAUUCUGUUUUUCCUUAAACAAUUCUAUUGUGCCCAAAGAACAGCGAGAAUUGAUUAGUGGUGAUUGCCAUGGGUUGGUGGAGUGUAGAGGAUACUUGUGCAUGUUUUCCUGGAGUGUAUUGAGGUCUGAUCCUCAUUUGCUGAGCUGUAUGAAGUUGUAGAUCAAAAUCUCAUUUAAAACUGAAAUUCACAAUAGACUCUGGUACGAGGUACACCAUGUACAAAAAUAGCGUUUGUGGGGAUGAUUACAGUCUUGUCUUGGCUGUUGAGUGUCUUGUGUGUUGUACAUGUGACUACAUCGCACAAGUGCACGACAAUAUAAUCUCCAGUUGGUUUUAACAUCAAUUUAAAAAUUGUCCUCUACACACCAGCAAUCAAAAUAUUCGUUUAACUUUCUCCCCUACUGGGGAAGACUCAUGAGCACAAGUGAAAGUGAUCGUUUUCUGACUUGAAGUGGAACUGCAACUGAAAUGUACCUUUUAUUGGAGGUUGGAGAACACAUUCGCCAGUGUGAGUAAUGGUUCCAAACUUUGAUCAAUGAUACAUCAUAGCUAAUUAUCCAAACUGGUGCCAUGAUGUCUCUGAUGUCCCUGUAUGUGUUGAUGGUUAGCAUUACUGAGCCUCAUCAGAUUGAAGUUCUUCAUGAAGAAUUGAGCUUUAUAUUCUGUACUGCUUAUCAAUCGAGUGCCACUGAACAGUCUACAGACUCCAAACAGCUCAUUACUAGCUGCUCAAUCUAUGAAAAGUCUAAAGUUCAACUGAAAAAGGUGGAAGUCAUACAAUGUUAUCAACGAGUUUGUAUGAGAUUCAUUUGUAACUGCCGCAACUUAAAUUAGUGCAUUUAUCUUAAAAUAAUCAGUGACUUGUUGAAAAAGCAGAAGAACAUCAUACAGAACAGUUGCUUUUUGGUUACUGUAUGCAGCACAGUGUGGUUCCAUCCACAAAAUAUUCACCUUCCUCUCUAAUUACGGUACGUGUAGCUGUAUAGCGGGGUUAAUUGCAACCUGUGCUGUCUAGUUACUGCCAAAAAAACUGCAGAUGCUGGAAUCCAAGGUAGACAACCAGAAGGCUGGAAGAACACAGCAGGCCAGGCGGCAUCUGGAGGAAAGGAGGAGUGAACAGUCCUGAAGAAAGGUAAUACUCAAAAUGUUGACUGCUCCUUUCCUCCAGAUGCUGCCUGGCCUGCUGUGUUCUUCCAGCUUCCUGUUUGUCUACCCUGUCUAGUUACUGACUGACUGUGUGUCAUGAUAUGCAAAAUCUGCAAUGCAGGCUGCAAAGCCUUUUUAACCGCAAGUCAUUCAACCCAAACUCCUGUAGUACAAGUCCGACAAACAAGAUGGGUGCUCUUGGAUAUCCCAGUUUUGCAAAAUGUGGUCUGGAAACAGAAGCCUUAAUUCACAUCAUAUUCAAAAGUGGGGAGGAGAAAAAACAAUUUUAGCCAAAUUGAAUUGAUGUAUGCAGUUUUUUUUUCCUGUCCAAGUACUUGAACUUUAAGACAGCCCCACUAGGUAUUGUUAUCUUCCCUCAUUCAGAGGGCUGCUCAUUGCAUUUCAUUGUCUCCCCUUUACUCUUGUACAGUAAUCUUUAAUGUGGCUUUCUUGUCUUUAUCAAUUAGAUCUAAAACUGAGUUUAAUUCUAGGUAGGAUGGAAUUUUCUUUAGCAGUCAGCACAGAUGUGUAACUUUGUGGGGUGACACAUCUGUUACACUGUUUGAAAUUCAUGUCGAAAGGUUCAGAGACGUGAGGUUGCAUUUCUGUUCAGGUAAAAAAAUCUCCCUGUAUGUGAGGAAAUUGGAGACUAACGCUGAGCCAAUGGGAGACUGUUAACUGGACAGUGACCACUGCCUUGAACAGGCCCAAAGUAUUGGUCGCACUUACUUUUAUUGUGUAGACAGCUGGAAGUAUCUUUUUUUAAAAUCAAUAUUUUAAAAUUUUAUCUCAUUUCUUUACCUGCCAGAAAUGAGUUUGCUUCAGUGCGUUGGGUGCAGCUGUUUGAGUAAAUCCAAAUUUAUGGGUUAAAAACAAAUCUUAACAGUUGAAAAAGAGGUAAAUCUAGUCGAUUUAAUAUGUACUCUUAUCAGUUCUAUAGAAUUAGUGCUAAUAUUGUGUAUUCAAUACUGGUAAUUGUUCAUGUAAUCAUAUUUUAAGGUGGAUUUGUAUCCAUCCUAAUUACCACGCAGUGAAUAUUAUAAAUGCUGACAUUUUCCCUUUUGUCCUGUUUGCCUGACUUCGUCAAUUCUCGACUGCAACUUAACACAAAUACCAUAUCAGUUCGCCUCAGAUGGUAGUGCACACACCUCCAAGUUCAAAGUUUGGUAGCUCAAGCCACACAACAUUUGAGCCAAUAGUUUGCAGGAGUGUAGUACUGAAGGAAUGCAGCACUGUCUGGGAUGCUGUCCUUUCGGUGAACUGUUAAAACAAGACCCUGUGGUGAUCGGUGCUUGAAGCAAUGAGGUGCCAUAUAAAUGUGAGUAACUACUUUUAGAUUGUGUUUAUUUACAAGGCACCAGAGAUUCCAGGCUGUCUGAUUGUGUGCAAGCUUUCUAUUUUUCUUUCUGGCCUCGGAUGAGUGGAUGUUGGAGGAAUGCAAGGGUGGGGUUCCAGUUUCAGCCCUCAGGCCACCCUGAAAUCCACAGUGAUGUAGGGCUCCCAUUGGUGAAGUCACCAUGCUCACCCUAAAAUCCUGCUGUUGUGAGGACACAGCUGAUUGCACAGUGCUCCUGGAGUGUGUGUGUUUUGGAAUCUCAUGAGCACUGAAGCACAACAUGACUAAGUCCACCUCUAUCCCCAUGCCACCAUUCUUCGGCCAGAAUCUGGGUCAUUCAUAUUUGAAUGUAGCAGCAGUAGCCUCUUAUGUAAAUAUCACAAAAUCCAAACCUGAAACCUAAACCUGAGCUCCGGUUUAAAAAACUGAACAGACUGCUUGCAUUAUAGCAUCUGAGAAAUGCAGCUUAUUCAAGUGAAUAGAAUUUUGUAAAACUAAGGCUGUGAUCCUUCUUUCUUUCUUCUUUAAAUGGUUGCUCUAGAGCUUUAAUCUGUGUCCUGUUUUGAAGCAAACUAUUUUUAUUUGAGCUGUUUGCUCUAGCACUACUCUCAAACCAGCAAAAUCCCCUUUCCUGUCACCUUUCCAGUUAAUUUCUGUACGUAGCUGCAGUGCUAAAUUCAAUAUUGAAUUGCUUUUGAGGCAGGGAGGGACUGUACAAAGUGGAGGGAAUUAGACCACAGCAGGUUUCAGUGCGUACAACUUGUUCACAUUGAAAUCCCCUGAUGAAUUUGUAUAGGAACACAAGUACAGAAAGAAAUGAGUGGGUGUUUGUUGCUAUCAGGUAAUAUUGUGGUAGGAUGCAUUUAACUGUUGGUUGGAAAACAUUAUUUCAGCACUGGUUAGCUCGCUGGUGAGGUCACUGUUCAAAAGCUGGGUGUGGAAUUUUUAAAACCUAAACGUUGAAGUACGGGACAUAACUAACACUCUGAUAAGACAUGAGCCCAGCACUUAGGGGCCUGUAAGUUAGGAACUAAUGUAUAUUUUUAUUUUGUAUGUAACAUUGUUUGGACUCUGCAUGAAUGAAUAAUAAAGGUUUGGGUGAUUUUAAUUGUAUGAAUAAUAUAAAUAAAGUGUCUAAAAACCUAACCAAUUAAUUGGGUAAUUUGAAUAAUUAAAGUUAUUAAGAUUAAUAAACGUACACGUCAGGGUAUUGAAUUAAUCAGCUUUCAGACCUGCUUGCAAGGGGAGUUGUGAUGCAAACUUCAAAACCACAAGCACAGCAUCUAAACUGGGUUUUACAGAAACUUUGCAACUCUGGUAUGAAGAGAAACAUCAGGGCAAUGUCGUCUUCAAUUUGAAAACCAAUUCCUCAUUUUAAUCGUAUUUAAAAUCUCCUUUUAGAGAAAGUAAAAUGGAGUGAUUUUGUUUGGUGUUAAACUUUUUUUUAGUGGUGGUUAAUUUAGGCAAUUGAAAAACCUGGACUAAGAUAUUGGCCUGUGUAACCUGUUCCUUUCGGGCUAACCUGGCAGUUUGUAAUUUAAUAUUUCAUUUUUUCUAAAGUCCACGCAUCACUGCACAGAGAGAACACCCCUUGGCCAUCACACCUUCAGACUGCAGUAAUGGCAGAGGCUGUGCAUUGAAGGUGAAAAUAAUGGGGACGUUGACUGAACAAUGGUCAGCAGUGGUUCAUUGAGUACUCUGCAGACUCACGAGUUACAACGUCAUUAUUUUUAAGUCCUACUUUGGAGACUUGAGUACACACAAAUCAAGGCUGAUACUCCAUGCAACACUAUUGAGGGAGCGCUGCAGUGUCAGAGCUGGGGCGGGGUUCGGAUUGAGGGAGCGCUGCAGUGUCAGAGCUGAGGAGGGGGAGGAGCGGACUGAGGGAGCGCUGCAGUGUCAGAGCUAAGGGGGUGGGAACCGAGGGACCGCUGCAGUGUCAGAGUUGCUUUGUUUUGACUGAGAUGUUAAACCAACUUUGACUGCUUUCUUGUGGUGGGGGGUGGUAUGUAAAGAUCCCACUGGACUAUUUCAAAAUGUGCAGUGGACCUCCACCUGGAGUCCUGGCCAAUGUUUAUCUCUCAAUCAACAUCCGAAGAAAAGAUUAUUUAGUAGUUGUCAUGCUGCCAUUUAUGGGUGCUUGCUGUGCACAAAUGGGUUGCUAUGUUCCUGACUGCAGGUAACAAUGAUAUUUUAAGGAGUGUGCUUUGGGACUGUUCUGAGGUUGUGAAAGAUCCUGAUGAAAUGCACUUCUGCUUUCUUUCCCUUUGGUGUGAUCUGAUUGGAAGAAAGGGAGCUCGCAGUGUUCUUGAUGCAGUGCCGACAGAAAGCAGUGAGUGCCGUGCAGCAAGUGAGAGAGAGGCUUCACCCAACUGCUCUGUCAUGGAGUUAAACAAUCCUAUACCGAAGGCAGGAAUCUAGCCUGUUUCAGCUCUCUCACGCAGCUUUCCCAUGAGCUCCACUCUCCUGUCCUGUCUUGUGCCCCUGUGCAUUUUACUGUAUGCCCCCCCAGUAUCUAACCUGACACACCCCUUCAGAAUUUCUUUCAGUGAGGUUGCCUCUUUAUUCUGAGCUGUAGUACAUGCAGCUAGUAACUUUACCAUGACAGCAUUACCUUGCCUAUGUAAUUCACCAGCCCCCAGUGGCACUGGGCUAGUAAUCCAGGUAUGCAGACUAAUGUUCUGGGGACAUGGUUCCUACCAUGGUGACUGGUGGAGUUUCAUCUCAAUGAAUAAAAAUUUGGAAUUGCAACCUUGUCUUCGUGAUGGUGACUAUGACAGCUGUUGAUUUGUUUUAAAACAACAGUGUCUGUUUUUAGGGAAGGAAAUCUGCCAGCCUUACCCUAACCCUAACCCUACGUAUGACUCCAGAUCCACUGCAAUUUGGUUGACUCUUAACUGCCCUUAGGACUAGUUGAAUAAGCUACUCGGUUCAUUGGGAUUUGGAUGGUGGUUAAAUGGUUGUUUCAGUGACACAGACAUCCAAAUUGGAAUAAUACCUGUUAAUUUAUGGCACAGGAAUGUUCACAGUGACCUUUUUUCCCCUAAUCUUCUAUCCUGCGUCCUUGGUGUUAUUUCCCUGCAAGGCAUCAUCCUUCCUCAGGCCAGACCUAUCACCAGGCCAGGAGCUGGUCUGCUGACUUCGCUGCUGCUGUGUGUAGCCCCUGUUUGGCCAAAUUCACUUGGCUAAGGCACCCUUAUUUCUGCUGUUUUCUUGGGAAAUGUUGUUGGAUUCAAUGCUUCAGAAGAGAAUUAGUGACCCAGCAGAGAUUUGAACUUAGAGGCAAUAUUUAGCUCCAAGCUGUUCAAAUAUAGCAGGGUGUGAUUGAUGGCCCGGUUUCUAUUCUUGUAUAACUAUGAUGUUACUACGAGCUGCAUGUAAGCUUGAAAUUGCAAAGACUAAAAUAGGACUUGAAACUGUUCAUCAGAAACUGUUCUUGCCCUUUUCAUUCCGAUGUUUUGGUUUGAAUUGAGUAACUUAUUCCUUACCGUUGCUGGUUAACCCCCAACUUCUCCUCCCUUCUGAAAUACAGCUUCCAGACCUCCCUCAGCUGUGACUUGAGAACUAAAACGCUGAGGUGAGGAAAAUAAUCAGUGUGUUUCAUUAUCUUGAUAGCUUUCUUUAUUCUUUCUUUGAGGCUGGGUGGUUUUGCAAGGCCAGUAUGUUGCUAACAACAUCACUGUGGGUUUGGAGUCACAUGUAGACUGGGUAAGGACAGGAGGAAUCAUUAAACCAGAUGGGUCUUUAUGCCAAUCGAGGGUAGUUGUCACACUCCUGCUGAGACUAGCUUUCUAUUCCAGAUUGAAUUACCUGAAAUUAGUUUCUCCAGCUACUAUCGGUGACAUUUGAACACACACCCCUGAAUAUUAACAGGGGAUCCUGGGUUACUUAAUAUUCAAAAUUAUUUCAUUUUGGGGCAUCCUGAGAUUGUAGAAAUGGUAACUUGUUUUUACAUCCUUGCGCACAAAUAGUGAGUAAUUUCAAAUGAGCCGCAUAGUUGAUCUGCUGCUUGCUGUUUCUAAAGGAGAAGGUGGAAUUAGAGUGGCUUUGCCCCUCAUCUGGGGAUUUUCAUCCAGAAAAACCAAUAACUUGCUACAUUUUCAUCCUCACUGUGGAAAAUACAUCAAGGUUGUUUUAAUGAAGUAUUUAUUUUAUUAGCUUGGCAUGUUAUUACUAUGCAGGCUUUUCAUGUGUUUUUUGAAUCAUCAGUUUUAAGUUUCGAAGCAAAACGUUUCAUUUGUUCCAAGGAGCAAGACUUUAGAAAGUGAUUAAAGCUGUCCUUUUUAUUUUUAAGAAAAGGCCCAUGGUUACCGUAUGUAGCAGACUUGAAAAGAUUGAUCUCAAUUUCCGUAGGAAUUUAGACAAAUAUUAUCUCUUCUAACUAGUCAUAUUGUACAUUGAACAUAGAGAGCAUCUGGAGUAAUGGGAGUGAUUAACCUUAUACCAGUGCAUGUAAAUGGUCACCCUAUCAAAA